UUCUGCCUUCCUUUUGUUUCCGACCCGACGACGCGCAAAACCCAAACGGAGCGGAAAAAGAAAACCCAGGUUCUAUGCAAAGAUGAGUUCCUUCUCCAUUACACGGAAAAAAACACCCUUUCAAAAGCACAGAGAAGAAGAAGAGGCAAAGAAGAAGAGAGCAGAAGAUGAAACUGCACGCUUGUAUGCUGAGUUUGUUGAGUCAUUUCAAGGUGAUAGCACUCCUGGAUCAAAGGCUUUUGUUCGAGGAGGAACUAUCAAUCCCAAUGAAAAAAUAAAAGCAGAUUCUGAAGGUGAAAAGUCCAAAGAUGGGGUUUCUGCAAAGAAGGGAAGUAGGUAUGUUCCAUCUUUUAUACCUCCUCCUUUGGCAACCAAGGGAAAAGAAGCUGAGAAGAAAAAAGAGGAGGAGAAGCCUAAGGAGAAGGAGAAAGGCAAGUCGCGGAAUAUAGAUAACUUUAUGGAGGAGCUAAAACAUGAGCAAGAAAUGAGGGAGAGGCGAAACCAAGAACGUGAACAUUGGCGUGAUGGGCGCAGCACUGAACAUUCUAGUAUUAGUCGCUUUGAUGAAUUGCCUGAUGAUUUUGAUCCAAGUGGAAAACUGCCAGGAUCAUUUGAUGAUGGUGAUCCACAAACUACAAAUCUAUAUGUUGGAAAUCUCUCUCCAAAGGUUGAUGAAAAUUUUCUUCUCCGAACUUUUGGAAGAUUUGGACCCAUUGCUAGCGUAAAGAUAAUGUGGCCUAGGACAGAGGAGGAACGACGGCGGCAAAGAAACUGUGGCUUUGUUGCUUUCAUGAACAGAGCUGAUGGACAGGCUGCUAAAGAUGAAAUGCAAGGGGUCGUGGUUUAUGAGUAUGAAUUGAAAAUUGGCUGGGGUAAGUCUGUUGCUCUCCCAUCGCAAGCACUCCCUGCACCUCCACCAGGGCAUAUGGCCAUCAGGAGUAAGGAGGGUGCCACUGUGAUCUUGUCUGGUCCAUCUGGCCCAUCAGGUCCACCGGUUCUCACUCCUAAUGUUCCCGAUAUAAUGGUUACACCUCCUGAAGAUGAGCAUCUAAGGCAUGUGAUUGAUACCAUGGCUUUGUAUGUUUUGGAUGGAGGAUGUGCUUUUGAGCAAGCCAUUAUGGAGAGGGGCCGUGGCAAUCCUCUUUUCAAUUUCUUGUUUGAGCUUGGUUCCAAGGAACAUACUUACUAUGUUUGGAGACUGUACUCAUUUGCUCAGGGUGACACUCUUCAGAGAUGGCGGACAGAACCCUUCAUUAUGAUAACUGGCAGUGGAAGAUGGAUUCCUCCAUCAUUGCCCUCUACAAAAAGUCCAGAACAUGAAAAGGAGUCUGGGUCCACGCAUGCUGCAGGGAGAAGCAGGCGUGUGGAACCCGAAAGAACACUGACUGAUGCACAAAGGGAUGAAUUUGAGGAUAUGCUGCGUGCUUUAACAUUAGAGAGGAGUCAAAUAAAAGAAGCUAUGGGGUUUGCUUUGGACAACGCUGAUGCAGCUGGAGAGAUAGUUGAAGUUUUAACAGAAUCCCUGACACUGAAAGAGACCCCUAUUCCAACUAAAGUUGCAAGGCUUAUGCUCGUCUCUGAUGUGCUUCACAAUAGUAGUGCUCCAGUAAGAAAUGCUUCUGCAUAUCGCACCAAGUUUGAAGCAACAUUGCCUGACAUAAUGGAGAGUUUUAAUGACUUGUAUCGUAGCAUAACAGGACGCAUUACUGCUGAGGCCCUAAAGGAACGAGUGCUAAAAGUUCUGCAAGUGUGGGCAGAUUGGUUUCUCUUUUCUGAUGCUUAUGUGAAUGGCUUACGAGCCACGUUUAUUCGUUCUAGCAACUCUGGUGUUACACUAUUUCAUUCCAUAUGUGGUGAUGCACCUGAAAUUGAGAAAAAUAUGCAUUCGGAAGAUACAGUUGAUGGCAGCAAGAGCAACCAAGACUCUGCAUUGGCAAUGGGCAGAGGAGCUGCAACGAAGGAGCUAAUGUCUCUUCCUCUUGCUGAGCUGGAAAGACGAUGUCGACACAAUGGAUUGUCACUUGUGGGUGGUAGGGAAAUGAUGGUUGCACGGUUGCUUAGCCUGGAGGAGGCAGAAAAGCAAAGGGGUUAUGAGCUAGACGAUGAAUUGAAAUAUGCUCAGAACCAAACAAGUUCUGGGAGAUAUUCAAGUAGCCGGAGAGAAACAAGCACUGAGCCCGAACCAGUUGGUUUCUCUGGAUGGGACCACUAUGGGGAGGAUGAUUUACACUCACAAGGCAAAGGCUCAGUGCCACUUGCGCAAACUUUUCCCAUUCCACACCCUGAAUUGAAAGCCUUCACAAAGAAAGAAAAGAAUGAUCCAGUGUUACCAGCUUCUAAGUGGGCUCGAGAGGAUGAUGAUAGUGAUGAUGAACAGAAGGGUCGUGGAAAGGGUUUGGGAUUAAGCUACUCAUCUUCAGGUAGCGAGAAUGCUGGUGAUGGUACUACUAAGACAGAUGAGCUGGAGUCUGCUGCUGAUACGAGCAUUUCCGCACCAGCUGAUAGUGGAAUGAAUGAAGAGCAGAGGCAGAAGUUGAGACGCCUAGAAGUUGCUUUAAUUGAAUACCGGGAGUCUCUUGAAGAGAGGGGAAUAAAAAAUUUGGAGGAAAUUGAGAGAAAAGUCACACUGCACAGGAAACGGUUGCAAGCAGAGUUUGGAUUAUCAGAUUCUGGAGAAGAUGGUCAAGGAAGUAGAAGAACAUCUUCAGAGAGGAGGGACAGGAGAGAUGAUUCACAUGAUGUUUCAAGAAAACGCCACCGUAGUCGUAGCCGAAGUCAUAGUCCACAACGAAGAUCAGGCAGAGACAGGGAGAGGGAACAUGAUGCAGACAGGGACCAAGAUAGACAGAGAGAUAGAGGGGGUUAUGAUUUUGAUAAUGAUAGAGGUAGGGAUCGAGAGAAAAGUGGAAGCAGGGAGAGGGAUGAUCAUGAAAGGGAGAGAGGCAGAGACAGGGACCGGAGGAGACGGGUGAAAUAAGAGAUCCCACAUAAUUAAAGGUGCAGAUUUGUUUGUCAGACUAGACUAGCGCCGUCAUGGGGAGAUUCCAGCCAUUUCUAUACCUGAACGAAGAAGGAAAGAAAUGCCGGCUGGGAAAUUGUCACCAUAGACAGUUUCAAAAGGAUGGUUUUCCCAUGGGGAGAGAAUCAAUCUGAUUUUGGGUAGAAGCUAUAAUUAUAGCCAGAUGUAUUGUCAACAUUCUUGACUCUGUUAUUUUGGUCAAUGAAUCAAUUGCUUUGCUGCCUCAAAUUAUGUAUACACAACUGGGUUUCUGCCCAUGUUUCAUUUGCUUCUAAGCUUCUGUGGUGUUCUAAUCUUGAAAUUUAAACUGGAAUCCUCAAGUGAAAAGAAUUUAAUGCUUAGGGUUCACUGUUAAAAAUGUGAACUUUUCACCAAGUCAGAUUAUUCUGGAACUCCGAGUCCCGGAGGAUCAUUUCAAUUUGUUUGUUGGUGGAGUGAUUUGCAAGCUUAACCAUUGAGAUUCAUAAUUUGGUUUCUAUUAUAUGACAUUUUACGUGUA